CUAGGCAGUACAACUGCAAGACAAAAAUCCGGUUAAUAAUGUGCGAUGAUUAUUAUAGUCUCUGCAGUCUGCAGUGUGAGACAUCGACAUUGAGCUGGAUUAUUGUUAUUACUGCCUUAUUAAAUUACCGUAGUGAGUUAUAUUGAACGUCAUAUGCUAUUUGGAUUUAUUUUAUGAAUAAAAAAUCACUACACCCCAUACUUGACGUAGCUGAAUUCUUCGUAGUUCUCCACACUGGUCCACAGGGGGAACUAUGUCUAAUUUGGAAAGAAUCCAAUCUAUUCGUCUUUGAGUAGGCGAUGCCCCAAGGCACUCGUCGUAUAGUUACUACUUACUAGUUAGUAUCGAAUCUCGUCCUUAGUCUUUAUAUCGUAUCGUAUUUAUCAGGCAGGAUUAAAACAAAACACCAGUUACAUUUCAAGAAUGACAUCAAGAGCAAAACCCUCCAAGAAAGAAACUUCAGGUGCCAAUGAAGAUUUUGAAGUUUUGGAUGUAAGAGAUAUGGGAAAAGAGGCAGAAAGUUUGUUGCAAUCUCUUCGCAAGUAUGUUAGUGAAGGAUCACAUUCAAAACAACUAGCUAUUGGUGGUGUCUCUGGAUGGGUCACUGGAUACAUGGCCAUGAAAAUAGGAAAGACUGUUGCAACUGCUGUAGGAGGUAGCCUGAUUCUCCUUCAGAUUGCUAACCACAAGGGUUACAUUAACAUCAACUGGUCCAAAGUUAAUAAGGAUUUAGAGGGUGCUACAAAAAAACUCGCACAACAGGGAUCAGAUCCUUCUAUUCCCAAGAUGCUUGACAAGGUUCAGCAUUUUGUUGUAGAAAAUGGAUACUUUUCCUGUGGUUUUUCUGGUGGCUUCCUCAUAGGCCUAGCGUCUUAAAUUCAUUUAAUCACCCAUUCAAUUUAGUUAAGAUAUUUCAUUGUGGUAAGCUAAGCUGUAUGAAGAAUGGAGGAAUGUAAAUAUGAAGUAACAACUGAAGAAUUUUUUUUUUUCAUUUACUGGGUUGAGACCAUGUACAUAGCUAUUUUCUGCUUGCUUUUAUCAUCACACUCGAAGACAAAACAUUUUUUUAAAGAAUAAAUCCUCAGUGGAGAAUUUUUUUUUGUUUAUUCUUUUCAUAUUUCACAUAAGUUGAUAGGCUGUGUCGUAUUCAUGAUUUCAUAGGCUGCCGACUAUUUGGACGAACAAGCAGAAAAAGCUGGCCGAGUUCUCCGAAAGAGAACUGCAGGAACGCGCAGCUGGUACCAUAAACUCAUCGGCAAGAAAACAUCGGAUGGUUCCGAGGCCUUUUAUAUUGGUUUCAUCGGAGGUUCUCUGGCUGGAUUAUUUAUUGGAGUAAUUUUUUAAGCGUUAAUGAUUGAUGCAUAGACCUUAAAGACUCCAGCACUUGUAGAAAGAUGUAUUCAUGGACAAAAGUCAACAGACAAGAGAGAAAUAAAUCGCAUAAGGCCAUUCGGAGCAACA